AUGCCCGGGCGCUUCGUCGAGACGUCCCCCACGGACCCGACCCACGAAGGAGCCUCCCCGAGGAGGAGCAGCUCGGCCGCCACCGCGUCGAGCACCCGCGGCAGCAGCCGCCAGACCGAUUUUUUGUCGCCCAGUGAGGCCGAUGCCACCGACUCGAAUCGCGACCGCGCCUUCGCCUACGCCACGCUGCUCACCAGGGACGGGUAUCUUCCGGGCGCGCUGUGCCUGCAGAGGAGCCUGCGACUCGCCAGGUGCCAGCACCCGCUGCUGGUGUUGCACACCGACACACUGAGCGACGCCGCCGUCCGCCAGCUCGAACAGGAGGGCUGCAAGAUGGUCCGCGUCGACCGCUACCUCCCCGCAGACAUGGACCCCUCGCAGUACAAGCUGUCGCUGUACGCCGAGUGCUGGACGAAGCUGCGGCUGUGGGAUCUGGAGCAGUACUCACGCAUUGUGUAUCUCGAUGCGGACAUGGCGGUGACCAGGAACAUCGACGAGCUCUUCGACCUGCCCCCGGGCUUCUACGCCGUCCCGGACUGCUCCUACGGCCGCCAGUCGCAGGAGGAGCGGGACAAGUGCCCGCUGUUCCACGCAGAUGCUGCCGGGGCGUACUUCAACGCCGGGAUGUUCGUUAUGGCGCCGAGCCGCGCGGAGGCGGCGCGCUUCGAGCGGCUGCUGCGCAGCGGGGAGGUCCGCGUCGGCGGCUUCGCCGAGCAGGACUUUUUGAACGAGAUUUACGCGGGGGAGUGGCGCGCGCUGCCCGUCGCCUUCAACGCGCAAAAGUUCAUUCGCAUGCACCACCCCGACCUGUUCGACGUCGAUAGCGUCGCGAUCAUCCACUACACCGACGCCAAGCCGUGGCACCGCGAGCACCCGGAACACGAGAAUUUCCAAGACAUCGUCAAUCUGUGGUGGAGUAUCUACGAAGCCGGGAAUGCUGACCGCAUGCACGCUGCAGCCGCCGGCGGUGCGAAGGCCGCUGGCGGCCGCGUCGACGGGGCGGGUGCGGCCAUCGAGCCGGCAGCGCUGGCGUCGACGGGCACCGUAGGCAGAGCGAUCAGCCAGGCAAAACGCGCCCAGGUGCUUGCGGUGCCGCAGCGCGCAGCGUCUGCGUGCCGCGUCAUGGUGUCGCCGUCGGCGUGA